CGCCGCGAGUACAACAACACAAGAAUAAUAAUAAUAAUAAUAUACUCUCGGCCGGAAAGGUUUGGCGCGCGCACGCCGACCACUGUUGUGCACACGUUGUAACAGUGCGACGUCGUCGUACCGACCACCGGGGCUGUUGUUGUCGCGAUCGGCAGUCGUGCGAUUCUCCGACGCGUCAUCACUCUCUACACCGGCCGACUCGCUCCUGUCGAGUGGUGGUGUACCGUGUCUCUCUCUCUAUCUCUCUCUUUCUGUAUCGUGUGUGUAUAAUCGUUAUAAUAAUAUUCGCGACAUACGGUAAUAAUAGUGAAAACACUGUAAGAGUCGUCUACAUCGCCUAUAAUAUAUAAAUGGGGUUUCGAUAUAGUAUAUUAUAAUAAUUUAUUAUUAAAUUGCAAUACGCGCGAUUUAUUUCAGUAGAAUAUCACGUCGUCAUAUUACACAUUCGAUAUAUUUUUUUUUUUUUUUUUUAUCCACGCGCCGCCUUCGGACAGCACCACAAUGCCACGGAUAUUCUUCCGGCCCUCGUAACAAAACUGAAAGCUCUCUGGUCAUUUAUUUUCAGUGGAUAAUACAUUAUCUGUGGACAAGCAUUUCUGUACGAAUACUACAAUCAAUGCCAACGCUACUGCAACAUUCAUUAUUAUAAAAACCACGCCGAGCUGCCGACGAUGAAGCAGCUAGCAGUAUUGUAAGGAGCACACCGUAUACUUACUACAACUACAAAAUUAACGUAAUGAUAUAGAAGACGAGUAAAGAUAAUAGUAAUCAAUUUAUUUGUGUACCACUGCAUAGAAAAUACAGUCUUAUAUACGGAGUGAUCCAUUUGGUGCAUGAUACUUAUUAUUACACAGGUGAGACCAACGCUCACGGAUGGAAAACGGUAACGGGACUUCCGGAGCUGAUGGCGGUGCAGCGCACAUCUCACCCUAUUGCGGUGACAUGCUGGUCGACUUGCACGACGUGUACGUCCAUUACCACGGUUACGCCAGCCUUCUGGUGUGCGCAUUUGGUUCGGUUGCGAACGUGCUCAACAUCGCCGUGUUGACGCGCAAGGAAAUGGUCUCGCCCACCAACGCCAUACUCACUGGGCUUGCCGUUGCCGACCUCCUAGUCAUGGUCGAGUACGUGCCGUUCGCUUACCACAUGUAUCUCCGACCGACCAACUACCCGCGCGCCGACCGCUUCUCAUACAACUGGUCCCUGUUUGUCUUGCUUCACUCCGACUUUUCGCAGGCUUUUCACACUAUAUCCAUAUGGCUGACAGUCACCCUGGCCGUAUGGAGGUACGUGGCAGUGGUACAUCCACAGCUCAACCGGAUAUGGUGCCGGAUGGAGACCACUCUGUCGGCUAUUGCGUUGGGCUAUCUGGUGUGUCCGAUCAUCUGCAUACCCAGCUACCUGUCGUUUAACUUGUUCUCUCGGGUAGAGACAUUGGAUGCGAACGGUAACCGUCCGACGGCGGUGCUACAGUCAGCGCUACGGCGGGCCAAUAACGGCACCGACGUUCAUAACGCCCACGUAAUUGGCGGAGGCGGCGGUGGAAGCGGCGCAGUCGGUGGCGGAAGUAGCGCUGGAGCCGGAAAUGGCGGUAGCGGGCCGCUACGCAACGUCACGCUGUACUACGUCAACGUCAGCGACCUGGCCACGUCCACGUACCUGGCUGACAUAAAUUUUUGGGUGUACAGCGUCGUCAUCAAGAUCUUACCGUGCGUAGCGCUCACGGUGCUCAGUCUGCGGUUGAUAUGCGCCCUGCUGGAGGCCAAACGCCGCAGGGCCAAGCUAACGGGCAGCGGCCGCAAGUCAGCCGACAAAGAGCGACAGACGGAUAGGACCACCCGGAUGCUGUUGGCCGUGCUCAUGUUGUUCCUGAUCACCGAGUUCCCGCAGGGCAUACUCGGCCUGCUCACGUUGUUGCUCGGCAAGCGGUUCUUCCAGGACUGCUACCAGAACAUGGGCGAAGUAAUGGACAUGCUGGCGCUGGUCAAUUCGGCCAUCAACUUCAUACUGUACUGCGUGAUGAGCCGUCAGUUCCGCAACACGUUCAGCCUGCUCUUCCUGCCGUCCUGGAUCUCCAAGGUUGAGUCGCAGGCUCUGUCGCACGGUAACCCGACCACCACGCAAGUCACGCAAGUCUAAGGCGACGACUCUUUCGCGGUCGUCGUCCUCUCCCUCCAUAAAAUUGACCCGUCGUCGUCGUCAUCGUCAUCGUCGUAGCAUUUAUGUACGCCACCCACCAUCCAUAACCCACCACCACCCCCGCGCCGAAGACGACGACGAGGACGACGGUGAUGACUAUAUGAUAAUAUUAUAAUGUGUACAGGCGGGGUGAUUCACCGAGCAUGCCAUCUCCCCACUCUUCCUACAUUUUUACUUAAAUAUGCAUUUAUUCAAAUAUUAAUUUUUGGACUCUUUGGAGUAAUAAAUAACAUAUUUUUAGUUACGUAAAUCGUUAUACUAUUUGUUCGAUGCAAUUUUUUUUUUUUGAUAAAAACUACCCAUACUGUUGACUAUUUAGCAGAUGAUUAUUUUUUUAUUAUUAUGGAUAUCUUGGUUAAUCUAAAUACGUAUAAAAAUUCUUACCAGUAUUGUCCGAGCUAUUAACCAUUAUGUACCAACGACUAUAAUCAAUGAUAAAGCAUUUAACUAAUUAUAGGGCUUUAAUGUUAUAACAUUAAUUCUAGUACCGAGUUAUUACUAAUAAAUUCACAAUUUAUAUUUUUUAAAAAUUAGCUAAGUAUAUUAAAUAUUAUAUCUAAUAUAUAGUUUUUUAUAACUACUUUUAAAAAUUAUUACCAUUUAUACAAAAAUUUAAAUGGAUCAGAAAAUAAUUGAAAACAAUUGGAUUUAGAUAAAAUAAAAUAAUUUGUCCACUUGUCAUUUGAACAACAGAAGUUUAUAUCUGCACAAGAUACUCUCCAAAUGGUAUAUAAAAUCUAAUUGAAAUAUAUGGCAUUUAAGUGUACCUAUAUGAAAAUUACAAAAUUUAGAUUUUGAAUAAUUUCAUUAUUUAAAAGGGGGAGGGGUAUGAUGAGUAUGCUCGGUUGAUCACCUAUAUUUAAACAUUUUCGGGUAACAUAUAAGCCUCUUUACGACUCUGAAUUAUAAUACCUAUAUGUUAACAUAAAUUAUAAAGCGACCAUACAGGGUUAUUGUUUUUAAUCUACACGCUGUUUUUAGAACAGAACUAUUUCACUGUUCAUGUUUCGAGCCUUUUCACUAUUCUGUUGGCCGCAAUACUUAAGCUCGUAUUCGUACCGUACUUUGUUCAAAUACCUCUAUACUCGUUCAUAUAUUAUUAUCCACUACCGAACGUUUAAAUAAUUAUAAACGGACGCAAUAAUUAUAGCCUUUAUACAUACAUAUAUUUAUAUAUAUAUAGUUCUAUUCCAUAGAAUACAACUGAUUUCUGACAUCAUUACUUUAAAUUAUCGAAAAAAUCGUUAUAAUAAUGUUUACAUUCAUUCGAAUACCCAGUAUGACAUUUCAGUUUAGAUAUUCGGUAUAAAAUAUGUAUUUAUAUAGAAAAUAUUAUAUAUUGUUCAACUGAAUAUUUCGAUAAUUUCAUAUUAUGUAUAACAUUAUUUACAUAUUGUGGUAUUCAAAAUUAGUAAAAUAGUCGAAUUAAAAAACAAAAGCACAUUUAUUUCUGUUUUAAUUUUAGCCGUUAAUGCAGCAGUGUAGACCGGACAAAAGAGUGCUGACCUGAAGAUGUUUUUGAUUCCUGAGUUUCCGCGAGGUAUUAUACGUACAAUAACUCUAUUGCAAUUCCAAAUGAAAUAGAUUAUUAUAACAAAAAUUUUUGAAAGUAAAGUGAAUUUUUAAACAUAUUCUUUGGUUGUCAACAAGUUUAAAAUAAUAUUAUUUUUAUUUGUUCAACUCGAAAGUCGAAGACAACCAAACCAUUAUACUGUAAAAAUGACGCACACAAGAUUGCAUUGCUAUAAUGGCUUAUGUUAUUAUUAGUAACGUCUAUGGAAAUGCCAUUCAACUUGUAUUUAUUUACAAAAGUUGAAUCAACAGAAUUCACUUCGUAGUAAGAAUCAUCAUAAAACUUUACUAUACCAUUCGCAUAGUUUAAAAUAUUAUAUUUAAUUUAAUAACCUAAUAAAAAAAAAAAAUGUAGAUUUUUAUUAAUUUAUGAACUCAAAUUCUAUUAAAGUAUUUAAUUAUGUGUUUACUGUUUAAAACUACAGUAAUUUACCCAAUGUUAUAAUGUAUUAAACUAUACAACUAAUAUAAGUAAAUUGUACUUAUGUAUAAAUAUGUUAAUCGUUAAGAUGAAAACAUUGUAAUAUGAAAAUAAAUACAAUUAGAAAAUUCUAUACAUUUUUAGUUGAAGUAUAAGAUAAGUGCAUAAAUGAUAAUUUAGUAUUAAUAAAAAGACUAUUAAAUGUAACAUGUUUAUUUGUUCACGUUUGAUAAGUGUUUUGUAAUUAAAAUAUUAUAUAGCUCGAAUUUCUAUUGAAUAAUAAAACAUCGUGAUGUAUUUAAUUAUAGCUUAUGGAAAAAAAUUCGAUCAUAUACAUUUCUAUGUUAACGCAAAUUCUAGUUAGCUAUUCGUUUUUCUAAUUUUUGUUUGUAUGCAUAACAAUUAAUAAUAUAAUUUACUUGAUUUAAUGU